GAAACUUUUUUGGCCCUACACUUAAAACUUGAAACAAUUAUUACAUUUCAAUAAUUAAUUAUUAAGUGUAUUACCGCACUACAGGCGUUGCGCAAGACAGCAUAACGAUGUUUUUUUGGUUACUGAUACUGUUAGUUACGAUUUUGUUUUACUGGUUUACAAGAAUUUAUAUAAACCCGGGCAAUUUUCCUAAUUUUCCUGGUAAACUUCCAGUUAUUGGCCAUUUGCAUAAAUUACCAGGCAGCACCAAAGAGCUUUGGGAUCUUGUCAGACAAAUUGCGGAUGCAGGUCUUAAAACUGGGAAUGUCAUCUUGUUUUAUUUCGGAUUCUUCCCGGUAUAUGUAAUAACUGAUCCUGAUGACUGCUAUAAGGUAGCGAUUGAAACUUUACAUAAGCCAGGAAUAAUGAAGAGAUAUUCGAGGGACAUGCUUGGGAAUGGGUUGCUGGUGGGACCGGUAUCUGUUUGGAAGAAACAUAGAAAAUUAAUAAACCCUUCAUUCAACCAACAAGUUUUAGAUGGAUUUAUGAAUCAUUUUAAUGAUCAAAGUAGAAUACUUGUUAAAGAAUUAGAAAAUGCAGUUGGAAAUACACCAAAAGAUCACAGAUCAGCACUCGAGAGGAAAGCAUUAAGAACUAUUUGUGGAACUGCAAUUGGAGUGCACAUAACUGGAAAUGAAAUAUAUAGUAAACAGGUUCUAGAAUCCUUUAAAGAAACUCUUUUAUUAAUUACAAUAAGAUUUACAAGAUUUCACUACUACUUCAAUUGGAUUUACAAGAGAACGAAGUUAUGGAAAGAUACGGAGCAAUUAAUAAAAUUUUCGCACGACUUUACUGAAAGGAUGCUGCAGACGAAGAAGAAUGAAAUUGCAAACACCCCUCGAGAUAAAGAUAAAUACUUAGAUUCCCUUUAUAAACCAUUCAUAUACCAUCUGUUGGAAAACGAAAACAAAAAAUUGAGCCUUGAAGACAUAAGAGAUGAAAUUAAAGUUAUGAUAAUGACAGGUUAUGAAACUAGUAACACUGUGAUCUUAUUUGUUUUGCUAUUAGUUGGGACCUACCCGCAUGUACAGCAAAAAAUAUUUGAAGAACUAGAAGAAGUUUUUGAAGAUUCAGAUAGAGAUGUUACUAAAGCUGAUUUAUCAAAACUGGUUUACAUUGAUGCAGUUUUGAAAGAAACAUCUCGAUAUUGUCCAGCUGUUCCGGUCAUCGGCCGCGUACUUCAUGAGGAUGUUCAGCUCAAAAAUUCUGUAUUAAAGAAGGGAAACGUGGGUAUUAUAAUGUUAUACGCUGCAAUGCGUCAUCCUAUGUGGGGACCUGAUGCUGAUCAAUGGAUUCCAGAACGAUGGCUAGACCCUCAGCGUCUACCUGCAAAUCCACACGCAUUCGCAGCGUUCAGUUAUGGUAAAAGAAAUUGUAUAGGUCAAACAUACGCGGUCAUGUCGAUGAAGACAACGUUGGUGCAUUUAUUUCGUCGAUACAAAGUUUCCAGUAACUUUGCAAACGUAAAAUUGAAAUUGGAUGCAGUAUUAAGACCACAUUCUGGAUACGAAUUUAGCAUUCAAUAUAGAAAUAAAUAAAAUACAACGUAAUUGUUGUUGAAAAAGUACGUUUUAAAAAAGCUUUAUUUCGUAUUUGGGUAUAGUAUAUUGUUGUAAUAAUAAUUGGAAACACUUUAGUGACGGUCUUCAUUCUUUCAAAUUUAAAUUACUCAAUUGUCUCUCCAACUUUUUUAAUAUUCAUAUUAAAAUCAAUCGUUUCUUAA